GCGGAAGUGACCGUACGUCAUUACGUCAUCACGCCGGUUGAAAUUUGCGCGCGCAGCGUCCAGACAGAAAGAGAGACAGUAUAUUAAAGACUUUACUCAGUGAUGUCUAAGAGAAAGGAUUUCAUGCAGUCCGUCCAUCCGGACCGGGUGCAGGAUUUUCUCCAUUUCAUUAAUCUACAUAAAGACGUGUCGGAGCCUUUGGACCUGUCGGAGCUGAUUCAAGAGCUUCAGAUGAAGCAGCGGUCGGAGUUAUGGGGUAAAAUGUCGGCAUUACUGAAACACACACUGCACUCGUACCCCUCAGAGCGCUGGAUCAGCCGCCUAGAGCACGACUCAGAUGGAGAAGACAUGGAGGUGGAGCAGUCUGCUGAGCUGAAACACACCAUGGCAGUGCUGGAGGGUGUUACGCUGGUGUGUACGGUGUGUGUGGACUCGGUCCAGAGUGGAGACAAUUACACUGACCUGCUGGACUGCAUGUACUCUCUCAACAGUGUAGAGAGUUGUCUGCCCCUGUCAGAGGUGCCCCUGCAGAAGGCCAUUCAUUGGCUGUUUGAGUGUUGGUGGAGGCGGGGCUUACAGGGGAAGGAGGAGCUCGGCUGGACUGCGUUCGUCGCUUGUUUGGAGAACACGAUUACGCUCAAAAAAACGCUGACCGAGCUGAACCGUCUGUACUCUCUACGUGACAUUCUGCUCAGUGUGGAGUUUGACUCAGAGAGGGGUCAGUACAUAACCAACCCCCUGCUGCAGUGCUUCCUCAGCACCAACCACAUCAAACGAGAGGAGGGGAAACGUUUUCUGGCGUUCCUCUUCAGUUGGGAUGUUGGUUUCAUCAAGAUGAUCCACGAGACCAUCAAGAACCAGCUACAGUUUCUGUCUAAAGCCGUAGCUGAAGACGUAGCUGAGAUCUAUUUCCGGGCGUGGAAGAAGGCGAGCAGUCCGUUCCUGGAGGAGAUCGAGUUGUCAUGUAUCCAGGACUUGAUGCAGCACGCGAUCCUGCUGCACCGAACCUCACCUGUACAGAGCAAAGUGCGCCAGAUUCUGUCAUAUCUGCACAAGCAGAAGUUCAGGCAGGGUGUGGACGAGAUGCUGCAUCGCCUCUACAUGCCCAUCCUGUGGAAAGCUCUGAAGGCGCUGAACGCAGAGGUGCGAGCGAACGCCACCCUUCUUUUCACCGAGGCGUUCCCCAUCCACGACCCCAACAUGAGCAGCGACCGAGUGGAUGAACUGGUGCAGAAACAACUCGACACUCUCUUCGCACUGCUGGAGGACAUGAACCCAUCAGUGCGCUGUGCAGCCGUGUUAGGAGCGUGUUCAGUGUUGUCUCGGUGUUGGGAGCUCCUGCCCUCCUCCAUUAUCACUGACGUGCUGAAGAAGCUGCUGGAGCUCGCCACAGACAGCAGCAGCCCCGACUGUCGCUGUGCUGUCUUUAUGUGCCUGUCAAUGAUACUGGACAAUCGGAUGAGCCACCCCCUGAUGGAGGAGCUGCUCCCGGCGUUGAAGCUCAGUCUCCACGACACAUCAGAGAAAGUGCGCGUGGCCUUCGUCGACCUGCUCCUAAAGAUUAAAGCCGUCCGUGCAGCCAAGUUCUGGAAGGUGUGUUCGAUGGAGCACCUGCUGAAGCGGUUGGAGCUGGACUCUGUGUGUGUGUCGAAGCGUAUUGUGAACCUUCUCUUCACCUCCUUCUUCCCUCUCACUCAGCCUGAGGCUGUGUGGUGCGAGCGCUGCGUUUCCAUGAUCCAGAUGAACCACGGAGCCGCUCGCAAGUUCUACCGCUAUGCCUACAUGUACACCGCGCCCACCAACAUAGUGAAGCUGAUGCUGAUGAUCCGUAAGUGUUUGAACGCCUGCAUCCAGAAGACGGCAGAAAGCCCAGACGAGUCAGUGUGCAGCAACAAGGAGAACAACUCGGUGCUGGAGGACGUGUUGUCAGUGAAGGACACGUCGGUCAUGGCGAGUCUGUUGGAGUUGGUGGUUAUUCUGUGGAAAAGCGUACAGAAAUCCCUGCAGCUCAACCAGGAGGCGCUGCAGUACACCACGGUCAAGUUCUCCUCCGUCCUGCCCGAGUACCUUCGUGUCUUUCAGGACGAGCGGUGUACAGCUGCACUCAUCCGCUUGGCGUCUUUACUUCCUGUGUCUGCUGUUCCAGCCUUCAGGAGUAAAGUAGCAGCUCAACUGAAGAGGCUGGACAGCGGCUCGCCCGUGUCUCUGUACAGUCAGCUGAUCGAGUGUGUGUGUGGAUGGGGACAGCUGAGCCACGUACUGGAGCUGGCAGUGCUUUGGCUCACAGAGGCCACGCCCCUAAAGACGGUGGAUGAGAGUGGGCGGGGCUCCCGGCAGGUGCAGUUUGAUGAGCCGGAGGUGGAGAUGAAGCCGGAGUUGGGGUUGGAUUACUUGGAGUACGUGCUGUCGAGGCCUCACAUUCGGGACAGUUUGUUGAGUCUGAGUGUGGAUCAGCUCACACCCCUCAUCACAGCCCUCGCUGCCUGGAAGGAGGUGCUGUACUCCUCUCUGAGUGAGGGCGAGGUCAAUGAAGCAGUUACACAGACAGCACUCCGAGCUUUUGGCAUACACUCUCGUCUCACUGUCCAUCUCCAAUACAAAGACCCUCAGGGGCGGACGUUCCUGACCACUCUGGAGGAGUCCGUGGACUGGGUGGAGAAGAGGGUCCUCCCGUUCCUGGUUGCCCCUGGCGACAGUGUCUCUGAGCAGCAGCUGAGUCUGAGCAGGAGAAUUGUGGAGAUGUGUCUGCACGUGUGUAAGGACACAGUGCACGUUGCUUUAGGAGACAGUAAUUUUAAUGAACACGUGCUGCAGCUUUGUUCCUACGUGUUGUUGUCUGAGAAAGGCUACAUGUGUGUCCCUGUCCUGCUGUCCCUGCUGACCGAGGUGGCUCAGGACUGUGUUUCCCAUGAUGCCGAGGGACAGGAAGAGCAGCUGUCGGUCUCCCUGCACAUCAUCGCCAACAUUUUCCAGAAAGUUUUAGAGGUCAUGGCACACCGUCUGCGCAAAGACAAAGAGGAGGGUCAGGAGCUGUGCUGCUCCUCCGUCGACGCCCUGAGCAACUUCCUGCUGGCGACUCAGGUGAUGUCUGAAAAGUCAGAGGUCAUGACUGGGAUCUUCUCAUCUCUGUGUGCGGCCAUUAUCAUCGAAGUUAGCAGAACUUUGCAGAAGAUUUCUGAUCCUGAAAAUUUAAGGACUCCUGAGACCGCGACUGAUCUGCCUCCUCUCUCGAGCAGCAUCAUGUCCGCCAUCCUCAGAUCACCUGCAGUAACCAGGUGCUUCCUGACCGAGAUGAGCUCCACCGUCGACUCCGAGGCCAUCGACAGCAUCGGCGGACUCGCCGCCAUCACACACGUUCUGGCCAUCGUGAGGAAAACGGAAAAGUUCAGCGCUCUUCUAAAGGGAAUCGGUGUGUCGGUGCACAGACAGAUCCUGCAGCACUACGGCGUCACAGCAGACGAGUCGGCACACAGGUUUAUCUACGAGAACACAGUGGGGACGCUGAACGAGCUCCUGAUGCCCUGAAUCUGUCCGUCAUCUCUUUACAGACACUCAAGAUCUCUCUUUCUGACUUUCACUUUUUUUCCCACUCACACUUUUAUACAAACGUCCUGUUUUAAUCUGUCAUUUCUAUCUUCUUUCCACCAUGUCUUCAUUAUACAGCACUUGUAUAUCAACACACACGUGUGCGCUCUAAUCGCAAUAACAGCAAGAACUAUCUGCUGAAAUUGUGAAAUAAAACAAUCCCAUUGUGUAUAAA